GGAGAGCAUUGCACAAAAACUGCAAGGCAAAUGUCAACCGCUCAUCACUUUACCCCAUCUUCGUCACCUCUUUCGAAGCCUCUUGCUUCUAUGUCUCUAGCUUUUAUGCUCAGAAUUACAUAGCUAUAUUGAAGGCGAGAAGGUUGUUGGUUCGUUGGUGGAAGCCCGUGGAUCUAUCCGCCUUCAUUUUACAGAGAAAUAGGAAGGGACGGGAUUCACUGCUUCAAGAAGAGCUUCCAUGGCGACGAGAGUGAUAGAUCGGAUGGGCAUGGUUUCAGGUGAUGAGAAUGCAAGGUCGAUUUCUGCUUUUGACCAUCUCCCAGGUAUCCUCUACAAUUUCAUAACUUCAUUUGUAGGAUUGGGAGAGAUAUUUUCACCCCAACAUCCCAGAAGCUCUUUGUACAUAGGUCCAGGCAGUUUGCAAUGUGUUUUCUACAUUUCCUGCUUCGUUUUAGUUGUAUUGUAUUGGUGUAUGCACCUUCUGCAAGUGUCUUCAAGGUCUCAGGCAGAACAAAAAGAGAAACUCAUAAAGGUGGAACCACAUCUAAAGAAGCUGCUCCUAGACGUAGAAUGUCAAAUUGGAAGGCAACUCUAGAAUUUGAGGUAAACAUUGAGUAUGUUGGAUGGAUUAUCUUCAACAUUGAUGGAACACUUUAUCUAGAUAGUGUGGUGGGAAAAGAUUCUCACACAACCAUGAUUGAUGGCCUACAAGUUACGGGUUGUGGCGUAGGAGGCAUUGAAUCAGAAGUAAAAAUGAUUGGUGAUCCAGAAACUUGAACCACAUUUGUCUGCACCAAUUCAUGGGAGGCUUUGAGUGGAGUAUACAGCUGCUACUUAAUGAGGAAUAAUUAGCGAGUCCUGGCAACUUGAGUAGCAAUCACUGGAGAAUGAUUGUUUUGGGAAUUUGCAUUCGGGCAAUAAUACUACCAAGUUGGGCAUUACUUCUCUCUUCCUCCGUAAUUAGUUUUAUAGAACUCAUACCUAUGGGCAUGUGUGUUAUAUUUUUAUUUGGAUGUACUCACAAGUAAUCGGAGCUUUAGUCUCUUGCAGUUUGUGAU